AUGGGUCAGAUCGAGCAGAUCAAGGCUGGUCUGCCGACGAUUCACAGCACACAAGAAGAAGCCCGUCGUCGACUUCUAUGGCGGACGACACUUCAGCGCUGCGCUGCCUUGCUUCUCUGCCUUUGGCUGUUCGCAGACAUUGCGCUGGACAUCUUUCCAUGGUCCAUUGACAACGUCGGCCUCUCCUCGAGUCAGCACAAUGACGCAUGUCCGCAAGUGCCUCCGUUCAAGCUGCCAACCUCGAAGCUCACGCCCGGUCUCAGCAACAGCACCGACGCAAUAGAGCUGCCAUCCAGCUCAGAUCUCGCUCGCCUUCUAUCCGGCGCUGUUCAAGUCGACACCUCUGUUGGCGAUGACUGGCCUACCGUAACUCAAGAUCCUGCUCGAUGGGAAGCAGUCUUUGCACCAUUCCACGCCUACCUGCGAUCCGCGUUCCCUCUGAUCCACGCGGCAGACUCUCGCAUCAAGUUGGAGCUCGUCAACACCUGGGGACUCGUCUACACAUUCCCCGGCUCAAAUGAAAUCCUCCCACCGCUCGUGCUCAUGGCGCAUCAAGAUGUCGUCCCGGUCGAACCGGAGACCGUCUCAGCCUGGACGCAUCCGCCCUUUUCCGGCUUCGUCGACGCCGAUCUCGGUCUGGUCUGGGGCCGAGGCGCUGGCGACUGCAAGGCUUCGCUCAUCUCGAUCCUCGCGACCCUUGAAACUCUGCUUCGCGCGAACUUCAAGCCCGAACGCACAAUCGUAUGCUCUUUCGGCUUUGACGAAGAGAGCGCAGGCACGCAAGGUGGUGUGGAGCUCGCCAACUUCCUUUACGAGCGAUACGGCGACAAUGGAGCUGCGAUGAUCGUCGACGAGGGCGGCGAAAUCGAUCUCGGCCUCGGCAUUGCCGUUGCAUCGCCGAAUGUGGCCGAGAAAGGAUAUCUCGAUGCUAGGAUCACGGUCCACACUGCAGGUGGUCACUCGUCCGAGCCGCGAGACCACACGUCGAUCGGCCUGCUCGCUCAGCUCAUCACGGCGAUCGAGGCGAAUCCGUACAAGCCAGCCAUUCAACUCGCGGGCAAGAAGCCCGAGGAAGUCACGCCAGCGUUGCAAUACCUGCAAUGCACUAGGGAUGCGCCUAAGGCAGACGCAAAGCUCAGCAAGGCGCUCAAGAAGCUCGAGCGGAUGCAACGCAAGAUCGCGAAGGGCAGCAAGUGGGGGAGAGGCUGGCUGGACAAGUCGCUCGACAAGCAGGCGGCCAAGCUGCUCUCCUUGAUGGACCGUGAGCAGCGCUUCGGUUUCCAGACCACUCAAGCGGUCGAUCUCAUCUCUGGCGGUGUCAAGAUCAAUGCUCUGCCCGAACAAGCGUCGACGGUCAUCAAUCACCGCAUUGACGUAUCGUCUUCAACGGACGAGGUGCGACGCCAUAUCUUCCACACCCUGCAACCAGUCGCGAAGAAGCUCAAGCUCUACUUGCAAGGCGAUAGCCCGGCAUGGAACUUCAUCCCAUCUUCGUCAUCAAAGACGUCUGCUGGCAAAAUCGUUUUGUCGGAUGCAUUCGACUCGCCGCUGGAGCCCGCACCGUUCACACCGAUCGGUCCGAAGGACGCCCCGUGGAAACUCUUGCAGGGCGUGAUUCGUGCUGUGUGGGACGAUAUCCUCGUCGCACCAGACGUGAUGGGCGGCAACACAGACACGAAGAGCUACUGGAAGCUGACGAAGCACAUCUUCCGAUUCAGCCCGGGCUCAGAUCAGCCCUUCCCAAUCAAAGGCCAGGGAGACAACAUCCACACGGUCGACGAGCGAACCAGCAUCCACGGGCUGGUCAAGGCGACAGAAUUCUACUCGUUGCUCAUCCAGGCUGUAGGCUCGCAGACAGAGUUGUAG